AACCCACCCGAAGCAACCACUCUCACUCCCUCGACGCUGCUGUCCAACAUUCAACGACGGCAAAGAUGCCUUUCCUCCAGCGCGAACUGCUCGUUCGCAUCUACUACGAAGUACACGGCAGCGGCAAGCUCUUGAUCCUCACGCAUGGCUACAGCUCUGCCUCGGGAAUGUGGCGCGGCCAGAUCGAGCCGUUGACGAAAGCGGGCUACAAAGUGAUUCUUUGGGACAUGCGAGGGCAUGGCCGAAGCGAGUAUCCCGAAGGCCUGUCGGCUUACAGCGAGAAACACACCGUCGCGGACAUGGCGGCCAUAUUGGAUCGUGUAGGUGGUGCGGGCUGCUCAGCCGUCGUCGGCGGGCUCAGCCUGGGAGGCUACAUGAGUCAAGCAUUCUACCGCGAUCACCCGCAGAGAGUCGAGGCGCUUCUCAUCAUCGAUACCGGCCCAGGCUUCAAAAGCGACAAAGCACGCGACGAAUGGAACAAGUACGCCAACAAAACAGGCGACCGCUUCGACAAAGACGGCCUCGCACCCCUGCAGGAAAUGAGCCCCGAACGAGCGCAAGUGAAGCAUCGCAAUGCCCACGGUCUAGCCAUGGCGGCCCGUGGCAUGCUCACGCAGCGUGAUCCCAGCAUCAUCAACAAUCUGCCCAACAUCAAGGUGCCGGCGAUUGUAGUGGUCGGGGCGGACGACACGGACUUCCUGACUGCGUCGGAUUACAUGCAGAAGAAGAUCCCCGGGUGUGAGAAGGUUGUUAUUCCGAAGGCUGGCCAUGCGGCGAAUAUGGAUAAUCCGGAGGCGUUUAAUGCGGCGAUUGUUGACUUUUUUGGGCGUUUGGGUCAUGGCAAGGGAGCGAAGGCGAGGCUGUAGCGGACGCUGGAUAAUGGAGUGAGUUGUUGUGGGUAUCUGCACUUAUAAGGUACUUGCCUAAGUUGCUGUAGACGAUGGUGCGGCUGCAAGGAACCACAACUUACCUUGAGCUUCGAUAGAUGUCGAGCCAAUCUCCGCGAUCUGCAGAACGUUGCUUUAGUCGUCGAAGAGAGUUCAGCCCAGUCGAUCAUCAAAUCAGAGCGCGCAACGCGUCGGCCAUGCAGUCCCCACCUCCAUCCAGCGCACCAUGCUGACUCCGUUCAAACGGGCGACCGUUGGUUAUAAGCACAAUCAGUU